AUGGCUUCCUCCACUAAAAAACAGAGUGAUAACAGUGAUCCACCCACACAAGGUGGUUCAAUGGACUCUAGCCAUAAUCUAAGCAAUCAACUAUUUACUUACCAAUCUUUUACCGAUGCUCUCAAGGAACAGAAGAGACACAACUUUGAAACUGCUGUACCUGGUGUGGAUAACAACACAUUCAAACCUCUGAACACCUACUCAACAUUCAUUGAAGCUAAAAAGCGCAAUUCUAUCGUCAUCGACUGUGCUCAGUUCUUGGGUAUGGAGUUCAAGGUCAAUGGAAAAGUCAUUGAAGUCAACAAGACGCUGGAUCACACUGCAAACGAGUCCACUUAUGGAAACAUCCUAACCCCUCAAGUUGAAUUGGGAGGUUUCCCAGGUACCAAUCUGCACCUGGUAUGGUCCCAGAUGAAGCCUAUCUGUACUGACUGCCACACGGACGAGUACGUUAGAUUUGACUGCCCCAAGAGAAGAAGAAGACUCUGUCACCGUCGCAAGAGUCUAAACCACUUGAUUGCGAAAUGCCCUGUGGCCCCAUGGAACAACAAACCAACGGAGGCAAGCAGUGAAACCAAACCAAGUCAGCCACAACAGCCAGCAUCCCAAAAUCAAUUUGAAAUAUUGAAUCACGAAGGGGAAAUGGAAGAGGUCGAAGAGUCCCAAGAAAAUGAAGAAAAAGACACUGAAAAGUCCACCUCAUUAGACAAAGAUGCCAAAAUGCCUCGCUAUUCAAGUGAACCAGCCAACAAGAAGCCGACCAAUAUUACCCCAUCUGUCACACAAUCUGCUCCUCGCCUCGUCACUAGAAGUAACCAAACAUUGAAGCUCACUGACGUUGACAAGCUCACUCCAUUGAAAUCCAAGAGAAAUCUGGAUGAUGCUAUAUCCCCAAAUGGCCAACAGGAAACUGUCCCAUCUUCAAAAAAAAAGAACACAAAAAAAGAAUGA